AUGAAUGGCCUCCCUGUUCUCUGGCUGCUCGCGGGCCGAGCUGCCGCGGCGGACGAUGACCUGUCCGACUUCACCAACAACCUGGCGCAGGAUCUCGGGCCGCUGCUGGCGCUGUUUGGCGAGGCCGUGACGAAGCAGUAUCUCAGCGAGAGCACCACCUUCCUCGACUACUUCACCUUCGCCAUGGGCCCGCUGGGCAUCAUCACGGCCGUGGUGUCGGUCAUCCGGGUCUGCGGGCACCCGUCCCUCCGGGCCUUCAUCGGGAGGUCGCAGGAGGGCGAGGCGGCCGUGGAGGCGGAGCUGUGCGCCUCGACGAGCCGCGACGUGUGCGAGCUGUUCCACAAGGGCGGCAUCGCGCGCGUCCUCGGGAGGCAGCCCGAUCUGCUGGAGCUGGUGGCCGUGUCGCCGCCCGCCGGCGGCCGGGGCAAGAGGCUCGAGAUAUUCCAGGACCACAUCCGCAACGCGGACGAGACCAUGUACUGGAAGCGCAGCCGGGGGUCCGUCUUCAGCCCCGACGACAAGUCGGGCCGUUGCCAGAUGUCGCCGACGCCCAACCUGUCGCUCAACAUUGGCAUCAAGAGGCCCAAGCUGUGGGUGGUUUCGCUGGUCGCGCUCAACGGGCUCGUGCUGCAGGCCGGCAUCAUCGUCCUGGCUGGCUUCGGGGCGUGGCGGCUCGGCUGGAACAAGUACCACCCCGACAAUGCCACGGCGCGCGACUACGCGCCGAGGAUGUUCAUCGCCGGGAGCCUGCUCCUGUCCCUGGGGAUGUGGGGAUGCGCCGCGCUCAUCGGCCAGGCCACGCAGGAGGUGAGGUUCAGGCGCGACGAGCAGGCCUCCGGGCACAAGACGCGGCUCAUCUGGCUCCAGCCAGGGCCGCAGCUUGUUGGCGAGCAGAGCUUCGACCCCAGCUCCUUCUUUGAAAGCGAGAAGCAGCCGCUUGAGUACUGGGUUUCGUCGCGGAAGCGAAAGGGGUCGGAGAGGCUGUUCGAGGUGCUGACCUUCUUGGCGGUGCUUGCGUCCGUGGUUGGGUAUAUACUUCAGUUUAUUGGCCUGCGAGGCAUGAAUGCGUGGCUGUCGCUGGCGCAGCUGGGCGUCACGCUGUACAUGAGCAUGCUGCGAGGGGCGCUCCGGAUACAAAGGCUCCAGAACCAUGAGAACAAGUUGUCGAAAAUCCCGGACCUGGUGGCCGGCCACGAACUCGACUGGCUGGCGUAUGAGCUGGCCUUUGACGACUCCCCCAUGCAAGCGACGGGGCAGCCGCAAAGGGGAGCCAACUGGCACAUUGUGAGUGGGAAGAUGCCGAGCGAUGAUAAGCCCAUGACGGUUUGUAACGGUGGUUCUUUCGAGCUCAGUGGUGCCUCCGUGUCCAGUCGACGAAACUCCUGCGACAAGACGUCAUUGCGGGAGUUCAUCGGCUCUCAGGGGUGCAGCGACUUGUAUUACGAGCUGUUCGACCUUCGCGUCCAGCUGUCUGGAUUAACGGGGAACCAGGGCAUGGCGAGUCUGGCAACAGGUUCUGGCGGUGGGAAGCCGUGGAAGUCCGACAUGGUCGCCGUUCGCAAGUCCGCCAUCAAGCUUGCUGAAGCGCUUGGCGAGAUAGCAACUGCGCUUUUUUCCGGGGAGAAUCGUGCAAAGAGGAGCGACUUGACGGUUCCUGUCGAGGCUCUUGCUCAUACGGAUUCUGAACCUUGUUGCUCCAGCACGCUGACGCAAGUCGUCGGCGUUGAGAUGAAGGCCCCCGAACCAACUCAGCCAAAAUGGAGAGUCAACGCGGCUCAUAUAGAAGCUAUUCUUGGCCUUUGGACUUGGUCGCUGGUGUCUUCUCAGGACGUAGUCGGAGACAGUGAAUCUCCAAACACAUCUGCCAGCUCAAAGGACAGAGCGAGCGUCUCGCACCAAAUUCUGGCAGCUGGCUUGGAUAAUGAAUAUUGGAACAGCGAGGUCGACAUCGAGGUCGAGCUGAACUUUUGGUUCGGCCCAAAUACACAUCUCCUUUCCAGGGAAAGCCUCCGCCUAGGUAAGGGCAUGAAAUGUGACAACUUCACCACGCUGUGUCGCCAGUUAACUGGUUCCGGCGGCUGGGAGAAGCUGUCGAAAUCGACGGAGUCGUCGUCCUCCCUGCUGAGCUGCAGCAAAACCCCCAUCUUCCAGCUGCGGCUGUUCGGAUGGAAUAUUCUAUGCGAGUCCUUGGCAAUCAGUGGCACGGAUCCCGUUGGGGCCUCGGAUGUUGUUAAAUUGCAGAGUUCCCAAGAAGAUAGCCACGUUUCUAUUGGUGUUCAAUACUUGCGGUCUGAGCGUAGUAUCAUUGAUUUGUGCACCCAACAGCUCCUUAUAACCCUGGUGAAGAACCUGAUCAGUCUGGCGGCACUGCCGAUUCCUGAAUCCACCGUCUCGGAGAAGGAAGGGUUCAUUCAGCUGCAGAAUCCAUUGGUCGCGACGUUCGAAAAGGCAUUCGUCGACAGCGAAAUCGGCUCCCGAACGGACGCAAUCACCACCAUUAUCCCCCAACUGAGACGGCAAGUCCUCCCCAGCGACGAGAACCUGAUAUCGAGUCUCGUCCAGUCGGCAAACACAUUCAGGCAAAAGGGGGAAUGGGCUCGUGCGGCCGUAUUGCUGAAAUGGGGGUGUCGUCACAUUUCGCCGGAGCACAUGCGCAACCGCCAUGCGGAUCGAGCUCUGCAAUGGCAGUUUUUCGAAAGGAUCCUCAGGGUCGCGGCUGAGUUUUACCGCUACUCAGCUACCUUGAAGAGCGACAAAAUGGGCAUCUCGUACGCGCAGGACGGGCUGAGAGAAAUGAGGGACAUGUGCCACUUCAUGCCUCCCUCAUCCGAGGAGGACAGCGUCGAGCCGUGCCAGCAGAACAUCACCUCCAUGCUGGCUUGCUAUGCCGACGUGUUCGACAAGUUGGCAGCAGAGACAAGCCGCCCCCGAAAAGCCAACGGCGUACACCCCUUUGUGCAGGCCAUCGACGACGGCAACAGAGUCGACGCCCUCUACGAGCUGAGUUUCCUCCACAGCGGCGACUUUGGAUCCAAGUCCCUCAAGCCCGCUCUGCCGCUUGCCAUUCGCAACCAGUGGACCGAGGUAGUCGAUGCGCUUUUCGAGAUGAGGGUUCAUCCUGACAGCGAAGACGAGGCCGGGAGAACCGCUGCUUCCCACUGCGCCGAGCUCGGGCACGUCUCUCUGCUGCGCGAGUUGGCGGCCCGGGGUGCCUUUUUGGAUCAAUCGGACAACAUGGCUCGCACGCCGCUGCACUGGGCGGCGCUGAGCGGGCAAGACGAGAUUGUGGGCGUGCUCUUGGAGACGGGUAACGUGGAUAUAUCUCGACGGGAUCAAGACGGCGUCGUGCCAUUCUGGCACGCGAUUGAGAAGAACCAUCACAGCAUCGUGCGUGCCCUUCUGGAUCGAGGCUUCACCGUCGAUGCACGGAGGGCGAAACUGGAUCGGUCUCCGAUAUCUUGGACGUCGGAGCACGGGCAAGCUGAGAUUGUGCAGCAUUUGGUCCAGAGCGGCGCCGAAGUCAACAAGGCCGAAAAGGGAUUACAUGAGGGGUUUCAUCCACUGCAUCACGCUGUCAAAGGCAGUCACGAAGACGUCGUGCGUGUGUUGCUGGAGGCCGGGGCCGAUCCCAACGUGCGCAGCGAAAAUGGGCGUACGCCACUGCAUUUGGCCGCCGCGGCAGGCAGUACAGCUAUUGUACAAAUCCUCCUUGGUUUGGUGCCCGAUGUAGAUGAAACGUGCAAUUCCGGGAACACGGCAUUACACUAUGCCGCAAGUGAAGGACGUGUGCAUCUGCUCAAGAUGCUAAUCGAUGCUGGUGCGGAUAUUGAGCGUGGUGAUGACCAGGACAGGCGGCCAAUUCACGCGGCUACGAAGAGUAACUAUUUUUGGUCGCACCCAGACGCUGUUCUUGAACUUCUCAAACUAGGAGCUGUCAUCGACCCUGUUGACAAAAUUGGACAUACUCCUUUAUGCUUUGCGGCCGACAAUGGACAAGCUGGCAUUAUUGAGGAGCUGUUGAGCCGAGGCGCAAAUGUGAACCAUGCUGAUAAGCACGGACAAACCCCUUUAUAUAAUGCGGCCCAGAAGGAACGGUUUGCAAUCGUGAAAAGACUGCUAGAAGCUGGAGCUGAUGUACACUUCCAGGACAAGAAUGGCAACACGGCUUUGAUAGCUGCUACGGAUUCGCUGUGGGGCGGAUCCAAGUUGGUACAGCUGCUGCUCGAGCACGGUGCUGUAGAUGUUCCAAGGAAAGACGGGGCAACAGCUCUCUCGAUAGCUCGAUCCAAUCGUUUCUACAGCACUGAAGAAGUUUUGCUACAAUCAGGCAACUACCUAAAUAAUAAAGGCUAA